AGAAUGCUAGAUUAAAAGGGUCAAGCAUCCUGCAGGUGUGUGACCCAUGGAUCAGAACAGCAGCAGUGAGGAGCUGCAAGUAAUUAGUAACGACCCUGUGGUGGUGAGGACGAGGAUGGCCAUAGUGCAAGUGCUGGUGUGGUUCUUUAUUUACAUCGACAUCUUCAUGCUCUUCACCUUCUUCAGUAAGCAGGCUUUACGGGGCAAUGCACGCUACAUCCUGUUUGCUCACACCCUGCUGAUGGACUCAAUCUACCUGCUGCUCACAGUACUGAUUGUGCUGCUUAACUAUAGCUAUCUGCUCUGUCCUGUAAGUGCCUGCAUUCUGCUCUGCAUUGUCAUGGAGAUCGUUAGCAACUGCACACCACUGACCAUCACUGCUAUGAGCUUAGAGCGCUAUGUGGCCAUCUGCAUGCCUCUGAGGCACGCUGACAUCACCACCACUGGCAGGACGCUGGCUGCCCUCGUCAUCAUCUCAGCCUACAGCUCCCUCGCCCCUUUUCUGUACCUCUUUAUCCUGAUAGUCACGGCCCCUCCAGGCUACUUUGCAAAGCCGACCUUGUGCCACUAUGAGAUCAUGAUUCUGACCGAGUGGCAUCGCUUCAUACGGAUUGUCUGGUAUCAAGUGGACUUAGCUGUGAUUGUGCUUAUCAUUCUGUUUUGUUAUGUUAAAAUCAUGCUGGCAGCUCGGACUGCCUCUGGAGAGAAUAAGCAGUCUGCGUCAAAGGGGAGACGCACGCUCCUGCUCCACGGCCUACAGCUCAUUCUGUGUAUAGCUGACAGUUUGAGCCCCUACACUGAGAAAAUGGCACUGGAGCACAAUUUAGAGCUCUAUUUGACUAUCCGAUAUUUCAAUUUUGUGGCCUUGGGUAUCGUCUCCAGGGCUUCGAGUUCAAUAAUAUAUGGUCUCAGAGAUAAAAAGUUUUUCCUUGCUCUAAUGUGUUAUAUUACCUGCAAAUAUAAUCACAAUCCAGCAGUAUGAUAAAGACUCUUCAGUGAUAAAUGAGUAUAUGUGAAUGUCCGUCACAAAUAUGCACUGGAAAUACUUGAAGACUUUAGAUGACAGUGAAAUUUCAAACAUUGCUGAAGAUUUUCAAAUAAGAUCCCUGAGAUUUUCCCAGGAAACAUGUUAAGCUUUGGUGGAAAUAAAUGUUGGUGAAUAUACAUAUUCAUUUUAAUGAUCGACCCAGAUCUGAUUAGUUUAAUAGUCCAGUACAAUAUUUAACUAAAAUUAUUAGGAAAAUUAGUGUGAUUUAUAUUCAUAGGUGCAGAGCAUUUGUAAUCUGAAAACUUGUCAAUCCAUGCUGUAGUUUGCAUUUGUAGCAUAAACUGUCAAGUGAAAUGUAUCUGUAUAGCACUGUAUAGUAUAGUAAACUGUCAAAUGUAUUGCUUACAUUCGACUUAAAAAAAUAAAAACCUUUUGCAAACUACUUGUUGAAGGACAGCUUUGAGUUUUGCCAAGGGAUUUAAAUAAAAUAAUUAAUAAUCAAACAAAAU